UUCUCCACCACUGGACUGAAGAAAAAAAGAGAGAAUGUGAGGCACACCUGACACCUGACCCCAUGCAUCACUGCAGAGCCAGGACCCCCGGGCCCGGUCCUUGUUGGAGUAUCCAACAAACACUUUCCACCUCCACACUCACAGAAAUCAAAACUUUUUUGAAAAUUACCUGUCUUGUCUGCUAGCACUGCUUGAAGCCUGAUGAACACAGAGCCCUCCAAGAAAAACAUUUAUGUGCUCAGAAGUAGCUGCUGAAGCGUUCCACAACAAGCAAAAGAUGGAAAGGGUGUUUUCUAUGAAUGCCGGCAAUGGAGACUACAGCUAUGCUCAAAAUUCCACUUGGCAGAAGGACGAAUUAUUGAGAGCAAAAUCAGAGCUGGAAGAAUGCAUCAAAUCCUGGAAAACAAUAUUAGAGUGUGAGACACUGUGCAUAGCGGAUCUGGGUUGUUCAUGCGGACCAAAUGCACUUUUGAUCACAGAAAUAAUUACAACACUAAUCCGAAACAAAUAUGCCCACAAUGGAAUUAGGGUUCCUGAUUUCCAUGUGUUCUACAACGACUUACCUUCUACUGAUUUCAAUACCCUUUUCAGACUUUUAUCAGCUGCGCCGCCUGUGGAAACAUCAUAUUUUGCGGCGGGCGUGCCCGGAUCAUUCUACACCCGACUUUUUCCGCCCAAAAGUCUUCAUUUCGUCCAUUCUUCUUUCAGCCUUCAUUGGCUUUCGCAGGUUCCCCCACAGGUGGAAGAUAAGAAUAGCAAGCUGUGGAAUAAAGGAAGAAUCUACAUAUCGGAGAAGGGGCCUGCAGGGAUUGAAGAUGCUUACUUUGCACAGUUUCAAGAGGAUUUCAAUUGCUUUCUGAGAGCAAGGGCAAAAGAAGUGGUGGAGGGAGGGCGCAUGUUUCUGGUGCUUAACGGCCGUUUAAAUGCAGGCAGGAGGCGGCCCACUUCAUCUGCCUUAUGUUGGGAGGCGUUAGGGUUUGCCAUCCAGGACCUGGUCUCACAGGGACUUAUAGAAGAGGAAAAAUUAAAUUCUUUCAACAUGCCUUAUUAUGAUGCAUUCGAAGAUGAAUUGAGAAGUGAAGUGGAUAAAGAAGGCUCCUUCAAUGUUGUGGGACUUAAAGUCAACAUCAAUUAUGAUGAUUUGGAGGAGUUUGAUGAUAAGGACAAAGGGAUAAUUAUUUCUAAACAAACAAGAGCACUUUUAGAGAAUUUAAUUUCAUAUCAUUUUGGAGAAGGGGUUGUGGAUGCUUUGUUCAAUAGAUAUUCUAAAGUCAUUGCAGCAAACAUCAUACAAAUCGAUGAGCUUUUGAAAGAGUCAACAAGCAUUAUUUUAGCACUUGAACGAGCUAUCUCCACUUAAUGUAUGUCAACAACAACAAUGUAAAGUUUCUAAUACUAUCUAAUUGAACAAAAGUAAACUAAAGAAAAGUUACCAAUGAAUCUUUAUAUUUAUAAAAUAAAUAGAUUUUAAGUGUGUCCUUAAA